AUGCAGGAUGAGCAUCGGUUAGUGCCAACUCCCCCGCCUCUUGGAAUGCUGGCCGAUAAGGGAAUUGUGGAGAGCAAGCCAGAACUCAGUCAAAGCUCGCCAGAAGUACAAACAGGCGGGAAAGAGCUAAGAGACAUCCUCUCUGAGAAUGGAGAAGAGGAGGGAGCUGACCCACUCAGUCUGAGGUCUCGACGAAUGGGAGGGCUGCAAGAUAGGAAGCAAAACAAAAGAUAUGCUGACUGCUGUUAUGACACAUGCAUCACAGCCCAGAUGGUAGUCAAUAUGUACUAUGAUUCACCCUGUGUCAGCGACUGGGUAUCUGAACUUGGUGUGGUGAAGUUUUAUCUUGGUGACAUUAGUGAGUUCUUUUUGGGUAUGGAGGUGUCACCUUGCCAUUUGUUGUGUGUGAAAAUCAUACAAAUAAAAAAUCUACGAAAGGCAGAUUUAUUUAGCCAGACUGAUGGCUAUGUGAGCUUGUACCUGCCAACAGCUUCAUUUGAAAGACCUCAGACCAAGACUAUUAAGGACUGUAAGGAUCCAGUAUGGAAUGAAACCUUCUACUUCAGGAUACAGACGCGGGUCAAAAAUGUUUUGGAGAUGAUGGUUCACGAUGAAGACCACUGCCUCAUGGAUAAGAAUCUCUGCACUGUUCUCUUUGAUGUUUCCAAGAUCCAGCUUGGAGAAAGAGUUUGCCUCACAUUUCCUUUGGAUCCAAAAACCAGAUAUGACAUGUCAAAUAUAUUUAUUUUGUUUUGCAGCCCAGUUCCUCCUGAGCAUAUUGUUACUAAUGGCGUAUUAGUGUCUCGUGAAAUUUCCUGCUUGAGUGUACAGGUGAAUGGAGGGACAGCAAUGAAGAAGAAACAAGGAGAGCAAAACUUCACAUUCACUGUGAAAGGAUCCUAUGAAGAGAGCCAGGACUUUACGUUGAGCUCUGAGCUGUGCCCUGCUGAUCAUCUUGUGCUUCACUGCAUCAAGAAUAUGGACUCUGCACUGGAGAUUGAACCAGCAAAGAAGUCACACUCUUGUACUCCUGGUGAAAGUAAUGACGCAAAUAAAAGACUUUGCUUCACUUUGCCUCUUGAUUCAGUUAGUAUGGAAAAAGAAGUGACCAUAGGCAAGUUUGUUGAGACUGUGGCUCUUCAUAAGAAAAUGAUAACAAAUGGAGGGUGGGGAGGAUGCAGUGCACUGAUGCUUUCUUUGUUCUGCUCUGGCCUACGUGCAAGGCUGAAAAACCUGGAUGUGCGUUUGGGGUAUGAACUAUGUAUGGAUGAACAAACAGUUAUACGGAAACGGAAGAAGUUUGUUGCAGCUGCCCUGGAAAGGGCUCUUGGCUUAAAGAAGGGCUUACAAGAUCAUGAGGUGCCAGUGGUGGCUGUCAUGACAACAGGAGGAGGUGCCAGGGCAUUCACAGCUUUACAUGGCAACCUGUAUGGUCUUCAAAAAUUGAAUCUCUUAGAUUGUAUUUCAUACAUCACUGGAUCAUCUGGCUCCACAUGGGCCUUAUCCAAUCUUUAUGAACAUGCUGACUGGUCACAGCAAGACCUUUCAGGAGCAAUUUCAGAGGCUCGCAAGAGUAUCACCAGAUGCAAGCUGGACUUGUUUUCCCUCCAAAACUUAAAGGAAUACAGUGCUGCACUGGAACAUCGGCAAAAGGAAGGCUACAAAACAUGUGUCACUGAUCUUUGGGGACUUUUCAUUGACAAAGCAUUGAGCAACGGGAGAUGCAGCGACACACUCUCAGGGCAGAAGCGUGCCCUGACUCACGGUCAAAGCCCCCUGCCGAUAUACAUGGUACUCAACACCAAGGACAACUAUAGCCUUGCAGAAUUUAAAGAAUGGAUGGAAUUCACUCCUUUUGAGGUUGGAAUAAUAAAAUAUGGGGCCUAUGUUCGUGCUGAGGACUUUGGAAGUAAAUUCUUCAUGGGACGGCUGAUGAGGAAACUUCCAGAAUCUGGAAUCUGUUUCAUGAAAGGUGUGUGGAGUAAUGUAUUUUCUUAUAACCUACUGGAUUCCUGGCGUGCACUUGAUUCUUCGGAAGAAGGUCUGUGGUACCUGCUUACCAGGGACAAAGUACAAGAUAUUGAAGAAAGACCACCUCAGCCACCAAAAGCAGAUGAAUUGAAUACUCACUUGGUUAUCCCUGCCAAUAAAUUCAUGAAGAGCCUUCGUGAAGUCUUAACACAAAGGAUAACAACCUCAAAGUUCUACAAUUUCAUAAGGGAAUUGCAGUUAAAUGAUGGAUAUAUAGAUAAUAAAAACUUUGCCAUAUGGAAAGAUACUGAUCUAGACCCUCUUCCCAACCAGCUGACAGCUACAUCAGAAUACCUGUCUAUCACAGAUACUGCAGCAUAUAUAGAUAUCAGCUACCCACCACUCCUGAGGCCUGAGAGGAAAGUGGAUGUCAUUAUACAUUUAAAUUAUUCUUCAGGAUCACAAACAUCUCCUUUACAUGAAGCCUCCAGAUACUUUGCAAAGCAAGGAAUUCCUUUCCCCAAAGUAGACCUGAGUCAUAUUAAGGAUAAGGAUCUGAAGGAGUGCUAUGUCUUUGAAGAUCUCGAGAAUUCGAAAGCACCCAUUGUGGUUUUCUUUCCUCUGAUAAAUGACACAUUCAGAAAAUAUAAAGCACCAGGUGUGGAACGCAGCCCUUCUGAACUGAAGCAGGGUGACGUUAAUGUGACUGGUCCUUGUUCUCCAUAUGGACUCCAAAGCUUUACAUAUACAGAGGAGGAUUUUGAUAAACUGGUGGGAUUGACCAGCUACAAUAUUCAGAAUAAUGAAGAUUCGAUCCUCCACGCUUUGCGAAGAGCAGUAGAGAGAAAAGGACACCAAACAAAAUAGGCAUUAUGGGGAAACCUAUCCAGAAAUGAUAGAUGCAUAGCUUUU